CUGGACCAGGAAAAUAGAGACUUGCAGAAGAAAAAUCACGAACUGCAGGGAAGAUUGAAGGAGCAGAGGGAAAACUUCCGGCUGCAGCUGGAGCAGAAGGACGAGGCCAUGGCCUUUUUGAAGAGCCAGGCGGAAAAACUGGAGCGCGACUUGCUCGUGGCACAGACCGAAAACAUGCAAGCUCUCACCGCGAUUCGGGAGGAGGCGCUAUCAGCGUCGCAAUUCCGGAACGAUGUCACGCAGAAGGAAAGGGAGCAGAAGCUGCUCGACGAAGCAAAGGAAAAGUUGGCACAGAUGCACGAAGCCCACGUGAAAGAGCUGGAAGAUGCGAGGAAGAAACGCCACACGGCCUUUGACGCGGUCUUGGAUAAACUUGCGGGGAACAUACCGGGGCGGGGAAGCUACUUCACGGAAGAAAGUUACGGAGGAGUAGAGACCACGCUGGAGGAGGUAGAAGAGCAGAUGGAACUGAUGCGGGAUAUUAACGAGGCAAAGAAGAGUUUGUCGCGCAGCGGUUCCGCCGCUUUCGCAGCCUCUGCCUCGCUUGCACUUGCGUCCAGUUCCGAGACGUUGGCAGGGGCGUCGCCUUUAGAGCGGCAAAAGCGGAAGAGGGAACAGGAAGAAAUCGAAAAUGCGUUUUUGGUAAAAAACUCCUCUUCCUCCUCUUCAUCUUCCCCUCGUCCACAGCAGCCGGCUUCUGCGGUGUUUCAAAGCUCGGGGACCACAUUAUCAAACACUGCCGCUGAUGGUCCUCGUGCCAACAAGUUUGAGAAGACUGAAAGCAACCCUUUUCUCGUCUCCUCCUCGUCUUCCGCAGCCUCCUCUGCAGACGGAGGUGAGGACACAACGACAUUUGAAGGUAAAAAUGUCGCAGGAGCAGAUGCAGGACGAGGACCACCAGAAGUACCAAAAGAUCAGGAACAGGCUCAGACUCAGAGCCUCCAGCAGCUGUCCCAGCGUCAGUAUUCAAAAGAGGAACAGCUGCAGAUACUUGACGACGCGAAUCGCGACCCGGAACUUCAGCCGAUUAUUGCGAAGCUGGAGCAGAUGCUCGGUCGCAAGGAACUGAUUUGGAAAAAGCGGAUCGAGAGGCAGAAGAUCUCUUACGAGAAGCAAAAGCACGAGCUGCAGGUCCUGCGCGACCAGGACUUUCUGCUGAUGGAAAAGGAGAAAGAAGAUUUGCGGCACAUGGAGCAGAAGAAUUACGAGGCUCUUUUCGCGGAAAAAGAAAUGCUUGCGCAGGAAAAGAAAGCGCUGGAGGAAAAACUGAGAAAAGCGGAAGACGAAAUAAACGUCGAGCUGAAGGACAAGGACAAGCGCGAGGCGCUGGAAUUCGAAAUGCAGCGGUUGAGGGACGACGUGAAAGUGUUACAGGCAGAGAAACAACAAAUCUCCAAGGAGAGAGACACCCUGUUGAAGGAUGUCGGCGCAAUGUCCAGCCAAAUCACGAGCAGCAAGACGGAGAAAGACUUGGAGAUCGCGAAGGAGGCCGCGGAAAAGGCGAUACUGGAAGAAAGGAUCACCACGCUGCAGAAGGAACUCGAGCAGCAGUUCAGCAGGCACUUAUCCGAAGUCGAGGACUUCAAGACUCGACAGAGAGCGGGAGAGACAAAGAUCGAAAAGGCGAACAUGGUAUCAACUGUAAAAAUGUCUGGGUCUGGAAGAUUCUGACACUUGUCAUGCACGUUUUGCAUGAGCCAUGAUGUCUGUGAUGCAUACCCUAGCAAUACAGAUUCUUGAAGAUGCGUAUUCCGCAUGACAAACGCCUUCUCAGCGUAGCAAAGAUUGCAUUUCCUUUGGUACUCAUGCAAUACAGAUUUUUUUGGAAUCCAAAUGCAGCAUCACAAGUUGCAUUCUUCCAGACCCAGACAUUUUUACAUUUGAUACAUGGAAAAAGCGGACUACGAACAGAGGGUGGAGUCGAAGCUGCAAUCUUUUCUCCAACAGCAGAAGGAGGAGAUAUCCUGUGCAAAAGUGUCGUACUCGUAGUAAUCGCAACCAUGCAUUACAAAUUUUUUUCUUAAGGUAAAUCCGCAUGACAAAUUUUAUUUCUCAUGCUGAGGAAAUUUCAAUUUGUCAUGCAUUUAUACGAGUGCGAUACUUUUGCAGUGCAUAGGGGAAGAAAAAACACGAAAAGGAAGUGACGGAGCUCGGGAAAAAACUGGAGUUCGAAAAGCAAGAGAACGAAAAGCUCAGAAACCAGAUGAAGGAUCUGGACGAAAACGUGUCCGUAUGACAGUGCACAACUACUCCCCCUUGUUCCCCCUCAUUUGUCAUGCAAAAUCCCAAAGCCAGCCGCUGCCUUGUGGCACCGGGAGCGGGUGUCCACUACAUGAUGAUGAUGAUGAUGAUGAUGGCACUGCUUGCAUCACGAAGCCCAACUAGAAGUACUACACUAAGCGCAUAAAUUUGUCCUGCACAGGCUCCAUGAUGUGUGCUGGUGUUUGUAUUGCUGUUGAUGCCAUACAAAUGAGGAGGAGGGGGAGUUCUUGUGCACUCUCAUAGUCCGCUACCGUGGAAGCGAUGACCGCUGGCGCGUCGGAGAUGUCGACCCUGAGCGAGAAGCUCCACGAGCUGGAGCAGGCGAACCGAAAGCAAUAUGAGGAGGUGCUGGCGCUGCGCAAGGAGAAAAACGAACUGCAGGAGAAGUUCCACUUUCAGACGUCCAAGCUAGAAAAAUCCGGCAAAGCCGGGUGGCGCGUUUGCGACAUCUUGGCGAGAAUCGUCUCCGAAGUCACCACUUUCGACGACUUGUCCUAUGUGCAGCGCGGCGGCUCGUCCUCGCUGAAGGACCACAGGAACCCCGCCGCCGGGGCACCGAUGCUCUUUUACGCCGACCGGGACGCGGACGAGGAAGAGGGUUCUUUACCACUGCACCCGUCGAAGGCUCUACUGCGAAAGUUGAAGGAGUGGCACGAAGUGAGCGAGCAGCAGGACGAGCAGGAGCGCGGUGGAGGUGAUUCUGAUUCGGCGACAUUCAAUACGGUGAAACACGACCACGAAGAGGAGAAAAACGAGCUGCAACGGCAAAGUUCUCUGCUCCACGCAAUCGAAGGGCAUGCGUCGGAACUGCAUAAAUCCGAGGUGGCGGGCGUGAUUCGGGCGAAGUUGGCAGAGUUUGAGGAACUGUCGAAGUACAUUCGCAGGCAGCAGAAACGGGCACAGGAGAUUAGCGUACGCGUAGCAUCUUCGCAGCCGACUGGCGGGUCUUGCUGGGAGGGUCGUCGUGCUCCUUCAGCAGCGCCAGCGAGUGGAAACAAAGAAGGUGCUCCUGAAAGUAACGCACUUGGUCUCCUGGAGGAACAGGAAGUAGAGAGAGACAAGGAUGUUGGCAGCACCAAUCUGAAGAACCGCGACAGAAUGGACUCUGCGGAGCAGGAGUUAGCUCUCGUCGCGUCCCUUUUGGAUCGCACACUUAGCCUCGCAGCUGGAGACAACUUCAACUAUCUGAAUCCGAGAAGCGCGGGGGCGGGCAGUCCCUCACGACCACCAGGUGCCUUCCCAGCAACCUCGAGUAGUACAACGACCCACAACGAGGGAAUCCAAAUUUUGCAGCAGAUCUUUGAGAAGUUCCGAACGGAGGUGCAGCAGUUGGACGAGAAACUGCGAGACCGGGAGUUGGAAAAAGGGUUUCUCGGCACGGAGGCGAGCCAGCUGAAGGUCCAGCUGGAGAACCAAAACCACACGUUUCUCGCGUUCCAGCACAGCUUGAAGGAGGAAAAGGCGCUGCGGCAAGCAGCGGACGACAGAAUCUCUGCCGUUUUGGCCGCUCAACAGAAGGUGCAGGAGGCCGUGGCAGAGUUCGGAAGCAAUGUCGCGGCUGAACUCGAGAAGCAGUCCGACUGCGUUUCAGCGCUCCCAGAAGUUGCGAUAGAAG